UGGUAUAAAAGGACCUUUGCUCAGUGUAGACAACACAGCCUUGUGGAGAACCACAAAGAGGGACCCAACACCACUGAUUCCUUCCUUUCGUUCAGUCCAAACAACAACAAAACAAGCAGAAUGGAAUACUACAAGUUUGCCUUGCUAGUGGUUUUCCUGUCCUACAUUGAGCGCUGCUGGUCUUCCUCCUGCGUUGUGGACAGUUUUACAGUCAAGGACAACUUUGACCCCAAGAGAUAUGCAGGCAAAUGGUACGCCCAGCAGAAGAAAGACCCGGAGGGACUCUUCCUCCAGGACAACAUCUCUGCCGAAUACACCAUUGAUGAUGAUGGGACCAUGACUGCCUCUUCCAAGGGCCGCGUAACUCUUUUUGGGUUAGUGACGUGUCUGAAAGUAUGAGUGUAACAAUGAAGCAUUCAAUGACAUUUGAUUCAGAAAGCUUAUGACUGCAAUAACGUCACAUGCUAAUACUAAUUCUGCUGCUUAUACCAGCU